GGACGAGGUCUGCUUUGUUUUCAUUGCAUUGAUUCCCAUCAAUUUGAUUUUUCAAAAGUUAUGCUUCUGGAGGUGAUGAUGACUAAUGUGACAAGACGGUAAGAUGCCUAUCAUACGCACAUUGAAGGAAACGGGUAAUAGCUAUGAGGCUGCAAAGCAAAGAUUGCUAGAGGCUACAGCACAUCUUGAAGAUGAUGAGGGCACAGUAAUAGCAACUGGUGUCCGAGUGAAAGCAAAAAGAAAUCGGAUCAUUAGCGAUUCCUCAUCCUCCUCUUCAUCCUCCUCGGAUGACAAGCGGGAUGAUGACGAUGGCGACGAUGAUGCAGAUGAUGAUGAUGAAGAUGAAGAAGAUAUUAUAUCGCAGAAAAGACAGCGAGGCAGGGAAAGGAAACUGCUCAGGAAUCUUGAGAAGGAGAUGAAGAGGAAACGCACGAUUGUGUCCAUCAGCCGGCCGUCCUUGUACAAACGUACUGAGAUGCACUCCAUUACACCAGCCAAACCAAAGACCAAGAAACCCAAGUCUGCUAUGUCUAUGAUCUCGGCCUUGAACGAUUAUGGCGAGGAUUCAGACAGCGAUGAAGAAUCAGAAGUAGAGCUUACUAAAGAAGCACAGGAAGAGGAAGCUUUCUCCCUGUACAAGAAAGCGCUCGAGUUCCAACGCAGCGGAGAUGUCCAGAAGGCUCAAGAAACUUACAAAGACCUCCUACAAACCAGAUUCCUUUCAAAGGUAAAGGCGUCUCAAGAGGAGCGAAGGGGAGGAGUUACCAACACGGCGAUAACCCUGAAAUACUCAAGCUAUAAGAAUCUUGGUAACCUGGCAAUGGGAAAGGACGACACUGAUACUGCCAUGGAAAACUAUCUGGAGGCGGUCAGUUUAGACAGUACGGACGUCACCCUCUGGUACCGGAUCGGCACCGUAGCGGUCAAGCUAAGCCAGCUAGCCUUGGCCAGGGUGGCCUUUGAGCAGGGCCUAAGAUGUUCCAAGUUUCAUUGGCCUUGCCUGGACUAUCUCUGCACUGUGCUGUAUGCCAUCAACGACUAUGUCACUUGUCUGUACUACAUAGCCCAAGCACUUGAGAAGGACAAACGAUACACCAAAGGUUUUGCCCUGAGAGAUCAGAUGUACUCUGAGCAGCCUUGCCUGAGAAGAGAUUGCCUGGAUCUGUUCAAACACUGUGAAAAUGAUGUCUUUUACUAUGAAGUACCCAAAGAUAAACGACAAAAGAUAGUAGAUGAAGCCUUAUCACUAAGGUAUAAGAGACAGGAGCUUGCCAAAGCACCACCCUUGCCGAGGAUCAAGUUCCUUCACCCUCUGACAGAAUUAAAGUGGAAACCUCUUGGAGAAAGACUAGUUGCCCUUUAUGAUCACAUGACAUCGAAGGAUCCACCAAUGAGCCUCGUCACAAUAAUUGAUCUGGAGGAUUACAAGUCUAAAGAGACAGCUUCCAAAGCAGCCAAAGAUGUCACACCAGAGAGAGCAAAGAUGGGGCCUUCUCCUGCUCCAAUGGAUGUAGAUCCCUCCGAUCAAAACAAACCUGCAGCAUCCCCCGUGUCUGGUAGUAGGGAAGGUGAUCAAGAGGACCGUCAGAUACCCACAGACACCCCAGAGCACAUGGGGGAGCAGACCCCAGGACAGAUGGGUGAAGAGGCCAAAGAGGCUGAAGAACCACAGCAAGCAGAUGCUGAAGAAUCUAUGGAUGUGGAUGUGGAAACAGUGCUAGAUGAGAAGACCAAAACUGAAGAGAGCAAGACGACAGAACCUGCCGAGAGUAAGACGAUGACAGAAGAUGCGGGUACAUCAGAACAGACCCUUGGAAGUUCUGCACUGACCCUCAAACAGCUUGCUGAAGCCUAUCUGAAGAGCCGAGGAGUUCAAGAAGAAGGAACUGACCUGCCAGGGGAUGCUGCGUCUGCAUCAGCUGUAGAUAUGGAAAAAGAGCAGGAACCUCCUGACAGCACCACUGCAGUGCUAGACUCCACCCCAGCCAUUUCAGACCUGCCCAACAUGGAGCUGCAGGCAGACAGUGCAGCAGGGAGCAGCCAGGAUAGCAUCCAGCAGUCUGGUAGGGAGUCUACCAUGGGCGAAUCAUCCCAGGACAAGACGAAGAUCCAGCCUGAAGAUGCGGUUGCGAUGGAUGCGGAGGAUAGCCAGGCAGAGAAGAGCCGGAGAGGGCAGAAGAGAAAGAGGUUGCUGAGGGACAUGCCUGCCCCUGGGAAGCGCCGCUCAGCUAGGGUGCGCAACACAACAGUCAAGAAAAAAGAAGAAGAGGAGAUAGUAAACUAUACUGAGGUACUCCGCCAGUUCCUUCCCUCGACUCUCCUGGUCAGCGAUGACGAGGAGGAGGAUCUACAGCUCAAGAAGUCAGGGGAUAAGGAUUCUAAGGAAAUAGAUGUAAAGAAAGCGAGAGAAUCUCCAGUAAAUGAGAGAGAUUCCUUUGGAGCCGUGGAAAUAGACGAUGUUCACAGUUUACUGGUAGAAUGUCAAGUGAACAAUGGCAUCAUCGAUGUGAUGAGCAGAUACCUGGAAAGACUGGUUGCCAAACAUGAUCUCAAGUGGCCUGAUGGAUUGGCCGCAGUGUAUCUGGAUGUGUACAAGAGAUUGAGAAAGCAUAUCAGUCUCCCUGAAUUGCUCUGCUGUGAUGAAGAUGAAAUAGUUGUACGAGAGAUGAGUAUGAUGUGCCUUCUAUCGGCGGAGUUCAACCUAGAUCAGUGUCUGUCUGCUAAGACUAACGGCAAUACGCCUGCCGCAUCACCAGCCAUGCUCGGUGCAAACACCACAACCUGCACCUACAAGUGGGGAGAGCACCAUGAAGACGAUAUGAUGUACCUCCAGGAGCUCACCUUGAUGCAAUACAUGCUACCAGACCUGUGGCCAGUGAUACCGGCAAGAGUUUACUGGCUGAAGGCUCGAUAUUAUCGGCAAAUUGGAAAAACUGCUGAUGGAGAAGAUGCUUUUGAGAGGUGCAAGGAAGUGUUGAUGAGAGAGGAGGAGAGAAGGAAGGAGGAUAGACAGCGUGCAAAGGAAGGGAAAGUGGAAGAGGAGGAGAUGGAGACGGAUGAGACGGAUGGAGCCAAUGAACGGAGACCAGCUAAGGUGGCAGUGGCUAACAUCAAGCAUGGAGCUUUGAUAUCUAUAGCAAGCAUCACAUCCGAGGUGGAGUCCCUGCAGCGCUGCCAGAGCCUAGAGCAGCUCCAGCGCCUCCACGCCUCCGGUGACCACGGCAAGGUGGUGGAGCUACUCCGCCCGACCAUCAGACACACCCCUAGGCCGGUCCGCCCUGAGAACACACCCGAGAGGUGCUCUCAGCUACUACUACUCAUCCAGUCACAGAUGGAACUCAAGGAUGCCAAGGAGAGUAUAUUCUGCUGUGUCCUGGGUAUGGUGGAGACAUGGCAAGGUGUCCAGAGAGAAGGGAUGCAAGUCUUUCAUCAACUCUGGCUCGAAACACUCAACAAAACACUUACCCAUCUUCAAAAAGCCUUUGAGUCGUGUGAGAUCAGCUCCCUGGGUGUAGGAGGUACAGGAUUACUCAGGAAGGCAGUCAAUGUCCUUAUCAAGAUCAUUGAAUGGACCAUGUACCAGGCCGACGUCAAUGAGACAACCAACGCAACAUCGGUCAUGCCAUGGGUAGUACUCUACCACACCAUCAAGUAUGAGGAAGAUCACCUAGCAGCUAAAAGCCUGCCCUCGUCUGACCAUGAGGGUGAAGAGGGUAUUCAUUCACCGAGCACAGUCCCGAUGUUACCGUCGUCCCUCAUGCUCCUGGAGAACGCACAUGACUAUCUAGGAAGACAAACCUGGUGUUGUAACUGCGAUGGUGCCCUUCUGAAGCUCUACAUCCGUGUCCUGAGCACCGAACUGGGCAAGUACUCUGAAGACGAGAGACAUCCAUUCUUCAGUGACCUCAAACACACCUUGGAACAGUGUUUCUUCUGUCUGUACGGACACCCGACCAAGAAGACCAAGACCAGACAUCUUCAGGACCACGGAGCUAUAGAGGUCCAGCUCGACUGGUCCAACUGCUGCUACAUCUUCGACUACUUCAAGCCCAAGAUCUUCCCAGAGUUUGACAGCUACAAGACCAGUUCCAUGUCCGCUGAGCUGGAAGGCCUCUUGCUCAAGAUCUCUAAGGUCAUCCCCCAAGACGCAAGGCCUGAGAACGCUCUGGAACUGGUCCAGGGCUACGUCGACGGGAGCAACGAGAAUGCACCAGCGAUACCUGAAGGAUCACAAGGUACGGAGUUCAACUCGGUGGUCAAGGAGCUCUACUAUCUGCUGGCUGACUUUCACUUCAAGAACAAAGACUUUGGGAAAGCAAUCAAGUUCUACCUCCACGACCUAUGUGUGUCUCCAGACCGCUUGGACAGCUGGGCAGGCAUGGCCCUGGCUCGUGUUGGACGGCUGGAUCUCAAACUAAACAACUCUACAGACACUAAGAGCGAUGGACCGAUCUUCAAGCAUGGAGUAGCAGCUCUGCGAUGCUUCAAGCGAGCUCUAGAGAUCGACGCCACAAACUAUGCCUUAUGGAUUGAAUAUGGUUCCUACGCAUACAUCCUGCAUUCACACGCCUCUAGGCAAAUCAAGCAGAAGGACCAACUGAAGAUCAGUGAUGAAGACAUCACCUCUCUAAGCGUGAAACAGGCCGAGAUGUUAGAGCAGGCUGAGCACUGUUUCAGGCAAGCCUCGACGUGUGAGGGCGAAGGAGAUGAAGAAUGGCUUGUUCAUUAUAUGCUGGGCAAGGUGGCUGAAAAGAGACUACUCAUGGAGGAGAGCUUGCGUCAUUAUCUGAAGGCGAGUUAUCAUCUUCAUGAAAGCGAGGCGAGAUACCCGAAGAAGAUCCCCUACCACAACCCAACAGACUUCUCGCUAGAAGCUCUGGAGAUGUACUUCAGAAUCCACUCAGCAAUCUUGAAGCUUGUCCAGUGCUCGCUGCCAGGUACAAAGGUCAAGUUGGAUGCCUACGGAACACUAGAGGGCCUCGUCCAAGAAGCCGCACAGCUUCCCUUCGUCAGGGCCGAGGAGAAGAAGAGAGAACCGAGUAGUGAACCAUCAACUGAUACUGAGCAAGAUGCCAGGAUACGUCCUCCCAAGCCUGACACGCCUCCUAGCCUGGCACCAAAGAGGCGUGGCAGCCCCAUCUAUGUUGCCACACCCCAGGAUCAUGACUACCUUCAUGAGAAAUACCGCAGAUCUAGGUCAAGUCAAGAGGAACCUACUACAGACACUGCUUCCGAGAGUGACAUUUUCUCUGGUGACGAGAGCAUGUCGUCCUUUCUCUCCGCCCAGCGGAGCACGAUUACGUUGCGCCCCGUCCCAGCCCGUCGUGCCCUAUCUGCGGCAGAGGCGCAAGCCGUUCCAACCACGCCCGAUGGAACGCCCUCUAUUGUAGGGAUGGGAGAGGACGGGAAGACAAGAGGUGAAGAUGGGAUGAGUGGAGGAGUUUCCGAUGCUGAACAGCCUGAAAAAGAUCAGCCUGAAGGUAGAACAACCACUGAAGACAUCGUCGCUCCUUGUAAAGAUCCCAAGCUGGAGAUCCCUGCCAUAGUCGUCUCCAAACCGAGCCCUGAAGCGGAAGCUGUGAUUGAAAGGUGUGAAUCUCCUGAAAAUAAGGACAAUGUCUCUAUGACCUCAGCUGAGAUUAGGCAAGAAGGGACCGAGAAACCUGAUGAGCUUAGAGCUGAGAUGGAUCUGACUGUGGUCUCUGCGCCAUCUGAUGAUGCGGAACCCGGUGAUCCAGGACAAGCUGUCGUCAUGGACACAGAAGAGGUAAAGGAACCUAUUCCUGCUUCGAGAGGAGAAGAGAUAAACCAAGAUGGUAUGGAGAAGACUGAUGUACAAUCUCCAGUUGCUAUGGACAUGGAUGAAGCAGAUACUACUGACCAGAAUGAAGCUGAGGAAUCCGUUGAUGGGAAUAGAGGAGGUCUAGAGGAGACGAAAGAAGUUCUGAAGAGGACCUUGGAGGGAAAUAUUUCUGAAGAGAAAAUGGAAAUUGGAUCAUCAGGAGAUAUCGUAGAACCAGAGGAAGGAGAUGAAAGAGGUAAAAUGGGAAUCCAAGAGAAUCUGGAGAUCAUCAAAGGAGGAGGAGAAGAUGGAGGACAAGGAGAAGUCAAAGAAGCAGAUGAUGCAGAAGAAUUGGCACUUCUGCAGAAGCCUAGUGUUGAUGAAUCCAAAGAGGAUAAAAAUAAGAAAUCUGAAGUCGUAGAAGAUGUAGACAAAGUCCUUUCAGGAGAGAUGGAAGCUGAUCAAGGUUCUGUUCCGGCGCAGGGUCAGAUGAAGGUUGACGUGCAGACAACUCAUCUUGAAGACCAGGAAAAGGAUCAAAGGAAAGAAGAAGAGCCAGAAGACAUCGCAAAAGAACCGACGACCCUCAUUUCCGAUGAGAAGAAGGAAGGGGAGAUUGUGGAGCUUGGUUCCAAAGAAAAAUUGUACAGUGAUGCCCCAACUCUGGAGUCUAUCUCUCAAGUUGGAGAGAUCCAAGAGAAGGGAUCAGAAGACCUUUUAGUAUUGCCAAGUCUUGAGAGAGAGGCACUGCCUAUGAUAGAUACAAGGUCAAAGGAAGCAGGUUCCAUCAAGGAUGAGGAAACGGAAGACAAAUCAGGAGCAGAUGAUGCACCACCAAGUGACAGUAUCCGGAGUGGAAGCAACAAUGAGAAACAAGUUCAAGGGCAUAAAAUGGAUGAAAGUAUAGUAGAAAGUCAAAGAAUUCGCGCAGUAGAUGGUGAUCUUCCAGAGGAAGGAGGAAGCGCUGAGGGUGUCCUUCGAAAGGAUGGUGAUUCUGCGAAAGUGGAACAGGAUAGUGCUGCAGGAGAUGACAAAGGCCACAAAGGCGAAGUUCCUGAACAGGAAGAGAUGAAAGUUAAAGACGAGAGCGAAGCGGACGCACAGGAAAGGGCUGAAGACAAGAUGGACACCAGCAUCCAAGGGGAGGGGGCUGCAGUCCAAAACAAAGAGGAUAGUACCACAAAGACCCCUGUCAUUACAGAAGGACUAGGAACUGGAAGCACUGUAGGGGCAAGCUUGGAGACAAAGGAUGAGGGCAAGGUGAAAGACGAUGCAGUCACCAAGAAGGAGAAGGAGGCUGGCGAAGAGCCCGAACGAAUGACAGAAGGAGAGACUGAAGGAAUGACAGAAGGAGAGACAGAAGGAGAGACUGUGGUUGAGGUGGAUGAGGAGACAAAGAAGAGACACCUGGAGUUGAUCAAUGUUUGUCUUGGUGCCAUGAAACUCUGCCUUCAGAGGUUCCCACAGCAUUACAAGGCAGCUUACAGAAUGGCUUACCUCUAUGCCUACGCCCCUACCCACAAGAACUUGGCGUGGAGUAAGGACAUCCUGAUAGGUGGAAGCAGUGGGUACCCUCCCAAGACUCCCGCAGACCACAUCGUAGCACCAGGUCUCUUCUCAGAGCAGCAUAAGAGCAAGAACCUGUUCCAAGGGAUCUGGAGGAACCCUAUCCAAGACAUUGAUAGAUCUGGUAGUUUUCCAUGGCACAUGUAUCGCUCUGUGGCCCUUCUGGUGUACAUUCUGAGGGAGCUCAAAGACCACAUUCUCCUGCUUCAGGUCACCUCUAAACUCUACCGCAUUCCAGAGCAGGGAAAGAAAUACCUGAGAGAUGCAGACCGUCUUUUCUUGGCUCGCGAAGCGUUUGAUUCUUACAGGAGCACCAUCCGAUCGCGGCUCGUCGUCUCGCCAUCAGGAACAGCGGAGGAAAGUCUUGGACUCGUGCUGUCUUCCUUUCGAUGCUACCAGUACACCCAAUCAAAGCAACCCAAGCUCACAUCUCUAGCGUCGGAGCUCCUGAUCACAGCGUUUAAAGUGCUGAAAGGCAGUUCAAUCGAGUCUGAGCCAGCCUUGUUAGACCAAGCCGCACGGUUCUGUGAUCACCACAUCUCCUUUAACAAGCUACCAAGAACUCCAACCGACAGUGAAGGCAUGCUACCCAGGGGCUAUCACAGAGACUCGCCUUCCAGCUCCUCCUCAGCUAGACCUGGACUAUCUUCAGAGGGUAGGAGACCCGCCGGGUGGUCCACCUCGUCUGGCUCCGACCAGGGCGGGCUAGGUGAGCCAUCGGAGCAAGACGGAAAGACGGCAGGGAGAGGAGAAGCGAUGGAAGCUACCGAGAGUGGGUCGAGAGAGAUGAAGUCACCUGCAGAGGGCAGUGUGCUUAUGUCGUCGGGAAAGACGUCUGUGGACACUCCUGCGCAAGAGAGUGUGAGGAGCAGUGUAGAAAGGGGAGGCAAGGAAGGCGGGCCCUCGCAGGGUGAGGAGUCAAAGGUCGUGUCGCCAUUACGAAUGCAGGAGGAGAGUGGUUCCAGGAGGGCGGAAGGAAGCGGAUCGGGGAUGCCAGAGAUCGGUGUGAAGCGAAAGCUUCCCCAGAUGGAAAGCACCAGCGAGAAUAUUGCAAGUAUAGUCCAAGAAGCGGCGAGGCAGUAUGAAAAGACAGAGGCACAACGGAGAGAGAGGCUGGAGAACAGUUCCCCUGGAGUUCCGCAAGCGAAACGCUUUGCUGGGGGCAGCCCUGAGCCUCCCAGUAGCAAGGUCACCUGUGAGCCCACCUCAAGGGUUCAUAUUGGAGCUUUGGGCUCGGUGACGACGACUCCUAGACAAGUGCCUCAUCAUCAGCGGCCCAUUUCUUUACCUGGGACAAGCAAGCAUGCUGUGUCAUCAGCUUAUUCUGGAAGUAUGUCAUCGAAAAUGGGCGUUGUGAAGAAAAUGGUUGGUCCACCUCCUCAUGGUGUAUCGAGAGACCCUUCAAAAUGGUCUCAGGCAGCAGUCAGCAAACCUUCUUCUAUCCAAAGUCCACUAUCGCCAACUGGCCCACUAUCACCAGCUGGCACAGGGUCCUUUGCGGGCAGUUUCCAGAAGUUCCUGAAGACCCAGCAGCAGCACUUGAGUUCCAUUGUCAAAACAUUCAACGUCCCCAGUCCUGAAUCGUCUGUGAGACACAAUCCUGCUCCGGCUAUCAGCAAGGUCAUGGGGUCAGGGUCCUUGCUAGGUCAGGUUGGUAUCGGGUCGGUUACUCCAAAGGUGAGGCAAACUCCUGGUACAAGCGUUGCUGGAGUUCGACCCAAACUUCCAGUUGCUCCCAGCCGUGCUCCUGCAAGUCACAGCAGCAGUCAACGGCUUCCUCUAAAGCCACCUACUGGAAUCUCGCAAGUCGCCAAGAUCACAUCUUCCACUCCCUCUGCGCCAGGAGUCAGGCAGGGGUCAAAGGUCGGAGGUCACAGAGAGCAACUAGCUGCCAGGAGGGAGCACUCCUCACUGGUUCAAGCCCAGCCCGCCAUACUAUCAACAGGAAAUGUCGGUGGUAGUGGCAGUAAUUCUCAAGAAGCUUCUAAAAGGUUGAUCCAAGCUGGUAGCUCCACUGCUUCAGAGAGGCCGCAGGGUACGGGAGAGGACCUUCUAUCCAUAAUUGACAGUACGGAAGAGAAAAGGACCUAGUGCCAGUACUGUAUAUUUUUUUGCCAGUGCAAACCACCACUCUUUGGGCAUUGUUUGAAGCCUUGCAGACUUUCUUACCAAGUCAAAAUUUGUGUAUUACCACAUUUUUUGCAAUAUUUCAUUGUUGUACAUGUUGCUUCUUGCGUAAACUUCCAUGUACAAUGGAAACUAAUUGUUACAGAGAGCUCUGUUAAUAUGUAAUCAAUUUAGCCCUGAAAUUGUGUUGCAAAAGAGAUAUGACAAGUGACCCGAUAUAACAAGGUACAUUUUGCUAGUCCCAGUUCUUGCGUAUUACAAUGUUUUUUGAGGUUUUGGGGUUGUUUAAGAAAUAUAAAAAAGACACCGGAUAUAAGAAUAUUAUUUUCAUGGUCCCCAAUGUCCUUAUUGCAACCAAUUUCCACUGCAAAGUGAUACGGAUUGAGUUUUUUGAACAGCAAUGUUUAACUGCUGUGUAUUAUUUUGUAUUGAUUGUGACUGCUGGUCGACAAGUACAUGUGUUUUGCAUUUAAUGCAUCAAGAGCCAAAAAGGGAAAGUUGGUGAAGGGGAUGGGGAGAGGAGGGGGUGGGAGCCCAUUUGUAAAAUGAAAUCAGUGAGCAAUAAAAUUGUCUUUGUAGUUUGUA